GACGUCCAUUCAUAGAGUGCCUUAUAUUUUUUGUGGGGUCGAGAGAUCUCUCCGAUCGGAACCGAUCCGAUCCGCAGAAUCAGAAUCAGAAGCAGAAUCAGUCAAGAGUCCGGGCCCGAUCGGUAUUCGUUAUAUUUCGCGAGUGAGAUUCGAUUUUCGCGAGCGCGGAGGAGGUGGAAAAUCCCACGGUUGUUACGAGCUUACGUUCUCGAAAUGAUCGGCUAGCGAUCCCUCAGAUCCAUAUGAACGGUCAGCGCGAGUGUUCCGAUCGCGAGAAGAAUUCACCUCGAGUGUGCGUCUUGUGAUGUUGGGAACAUGGGAAAAUCGGGCGCAAAGGAUGCGCCACAACUUCUGGAUGGAACGAAAUUAACAAAAACAUAACUGAGCCGCAAAAAGGAAGAUCGAGGGCCAAAAAGGCAGCCAAAGCUGGGGCUAAAGCGAAUAUAAAAACCAAAAUAAAAAGUACGGACAAAAGCAGAGUCGCGCGACUUGGGUCUUCGGCCUGGGAUUCUCUGAUUAAAGCGCGCGUUUAAUUUCAUUUUUUACGCUACUCCCUGGUCGAUCCCAACCCCCACCCCCGCCCGAAAUACAUCCCCACUCGCUGGGCCCAAAAUAAAAAAAUAAAAGGAAGAGAAAACAAUUCCCCAGUUGGACUCCACCCUUGGCCAGGCUUUUGAUUCGCUGUUCAACUUUUUGGCCUGAAACUUUUUGUUUGUUUCGUUCGCCUGGAUCGCGAAACCCGGCCGACGACUCCUUGCCAAUAUUCCUUUUGGCCGCUUCUCAGUACGCCGGCAGCUUUCUCCGUGUGCGUACGCAGCCUCUGCCUCAAACAGCAGCGAAAAAAAACAGUGAAAGAUCAGGAAAGAUCAGCCAGAUCAUCCAGAUCACCUCGGAUCAGAUCGGUGAUCAUGUCGCCCGGGAUUCCGCAACCAACCGCCAACUUCCCCCUGAUGAAAUAUAUAAAAAAAAUCCACUCAACCCGAGACGCUUGAUUAAUUCGCACACGUCAACGAUAUUCAAAUAAGCAUCUCGUGUACUCAUCGUGGCCGCAAUAAAAACGGCUUUAACUUUUACUACCUGCCAAAAAAAUAAAACAAAAAACGCUAUAAAUAUAAAGCACUCACUCACUGAAAAAAACAAAACAGCUCAACGGGCCAGAAUUUGGUUUGUUGCCGCUGCAUUUGGCGGCUCCAAUCGAUAUGCGUUUGCUCAUGGUAAUUGCAAUUUUAAUAUUCGCAAUGCCAAUGACUGGAUUCGGCUGGGCCGAGGGCACCAACAUCCUUCUCGAUCCAAAUCUAAUGUGCAAGAAGACACGUCGGCUGCGCGGCAAGUUGGCCGAAAUCUGCCGGCACGAUUCGGCCCUGCUCAAAGAGAUCAUCAUCAAUGGCAUCAACCUGGGCUUCCGCGAAUGCGAAUUUCAAUUCCGCAACCGGCGGUGGAAUUGCACUGUCCUGCGCAAGAGCAUGAGGAAAAUCUUAAUGCGCGAUUCUCGCGAAACGGGUUUCGUGAACGCGAUCACAGCCGCCGGAGUGACCUACGCGGUGACGAAGGCCUGCACGAUGGGCACAUUGGUGGAGUGUUCCUGCGACAAGGCGCACAUGCGCAGAAACGGCGGCCAGCCGCAGAUGGUGACGGCGGCGACCGCGGAGGCGGCUCUGGAGCGGCAGCAACAGGCGGCGAUGCUGCGGCAACAGGUGCCGCUGCUGGGUGAACAUCCCGGUCAGCAGCAGCGGAUGAGUCGCAUCAACAACGGCAGCACCAUGACGGAUAUAUCUCCGAUGGAGAACCGGAACGGACGGAACCGAAGGCCUGGCGGAAGGAGGGGGCGUCGCAAGUUCUGGGACAACAUCAAGUUCCCCGAAGGUCAGUGGGAGUGGGGCGGAUGCAGUGACAACGUGAACUUUGGCCUCCGGCACUCACGCGUUUUCCUCGACGCCAAGCAAAGGCAGAGACGCAGUGAUCUGGGCACACUGGUCAAGUUGCACAAUAAUAAUGCAGGUCGAUUGGCCAUUCGCGAUGCCAUGCGGCUGGAGUGCAAGUGCCACGGGCUGUCCGGCUCCUGCACGGUGAAGACCUGCUGGCUGAAGAUGCCUCCGUUCCGGGAGGUGGCGGGACGACUGCGGGAUCGGUACGACAGUGCCAGGAAGGUGACGUUGCGCAACGACGGGAACAGCUUCAUGCCGGAGAGUCCGCACACGAGGCCGGCGAACAAGUACCAACUGGUGUUCGCCGACGAGUCCCCCGACUUUUGCACACCCAACGCAAAGUCGGGGGCCCUGGGAACUCAGGGCAGGGAGUGCAAUGUGUCCAGUUCGGGAUCCGAUCGAUGCGAUCGAUUGUGCUGCAAUCGAGGACAUACCCGUAGAAUUGUGGAGGAGCAGACCAAUUGCAAGUGCGUCUUUAAGUGGUGCUGCGAGGUGACAUGCGAAAAGUGCCUGGAGCAUCGAGCGGUCAACACCUGUCUUUGAAUGACCAACCAGACCAUUCAACAUUAUCACUUGUAUUAUUUUCUUCGGUUUAGUCAGGAAUAGAAUUUUGAAAGCUUUCCAUUUCGCGUGAUAGAAACACACACACUUACAGAGAAAACGUUUUAAGUAUUAACUAACAAGUAAACACGAGUAUCUCUAAUCUUUUAGCUAGUUGUAAAUACGAAAUAGAACUCACAUAAAUAUGCCUACGUUAUAUCAUUCAUAUGCAACUCAUGUAAGCCUUGUAAAUAGUCGUAAUAAAAUGAAAGAAAAUCUAAA